AUGAAAGGAGGAUGGAUCCCUGUGGUGAAGCAACGGCGAAGAGGUGGAGCAUGGGAUAAGGAAGUUAGACGCGGCCUCCACACAAUAUUCGUGGACAACCUCCCUCGUUCCAUGGAUGCUAAAUCCCUGUUCAAGCUGUUCUCCAAGUUCGGCGUUGUGAGCGAUGUUUUCAUCCCUUUCAAAAGGAGGAGAGUGUCAAACUCCCGAUUUGGUUUUGUGAGAUUUGGCUGUCCUGUUGCAUCAGACGUUGCUAUUCAGAAAGCAAAUGGCCUUUUGGUGGACGAUAAGGUGCUAGCAGUCAAUAUGGCUUCUUACGACAGGAAUAACAGAGUUAUACAAAGCCAGAGGCGGGUUCAGAACAACAGAGGUGAUAUCGAACCAACUACAAAGAAGGGUCAAACGCCAUUUGUUGGCUCUAGAACAUUCGCACAGGUAUUAAAAGGCGGAAAACUCAAUGGGGAAGCUUGUACGACCAUCAAAGCAAACGAAGAUGGCCACGGAUGGCUAUACGACAGUGUUAUAAUCAGACUAAAACUGGAUUACACUGUAAAUAGUAUCAGAGAGGCCCUCGAGGAGAAGGGGAUAUCGCAGGUUGUGGUUAGAAAGGGAGGUGGUCGCGAUGUAGUAGUAACCUUUAAUUCCCAAGAGGAGAUGCAAUCUAACGUCCACAAUUUGAAAGUAUGGUUCAAAGAAUGGAGCAAUUUUGUUUUAGAAUGGCAGCCAGGUCUUCAAAUCCAGCAGGAGAGAUGCGUGUGGUUAAGCUGUUUUGGCAUACCCCUUAACCUCUGGAAUAGAAGCACACUAAACAACAUUGGCAGUUUGUGGGGGUCAGUUCUUAGCUUAGAGGGUGAUGUUAAUCAAACUAAGUCCUUCUCCUCUACCAGGAUUAAAGUGGUGACAUCCUGCAUGGGGUUCAUCUCUUCGACAAUCAAUCUGGAGUGUAAGGGCUCACUUUAUCCCAUCCUUGUGUAUGAGGAUCACCUGGUUAACACAGUUGAGUCCCCUACCAGCUCACACACUGAGCAUGAUGAUUGCAUCUCCAUUGUAGGAGUGGGGCCAAUUACUUUUCCGCAGAAGUCCGGCGAGGAGAAGGCGGAUGACGUUGCAAUGGCACAUGGUGAUCGGAGGCUCACACAGUGCAAUAGUGGUGAGCAGAGCGAUACAGUGGUUGAGCAGGACGAUACAGUGGUUGAGGAGACCUUUUAA